GAAGGGGCAGCAGCGCCCGGAUCCCCUCGUCCUCCUGCUCCUCCAGAUCACACCACCGUCGUCUCCGGCCUCUCCAAUCCAUUGAGAUAGGCUUUUCGCAAGGGGGGGUGCCCGCAAGCCGCCGGGGGUGGGCUUAGGGCUCUAGGGUUUGAGGGGCACGCCCCAUCGUGGUUCUCGACGCCCUCGCCUGCUCGGGCUAGGGUUGCGUCGAAGGUCGCGGGGCGGGGGUGGGGGUGGUGGUGGGCGGGCGGUCGAUGCGGCGAUCGCAGGCGAUCGGGAGGCUGUAGCUGGGGCUGCGGCGGCAGGGGAGGGGGAUCUCCUCGGCGUUUUCUUCGGAGAUGGCCGCCGACGCGCUCUCCAUCAUCCCGGGCGCCGUGCUGCGCAACCUCUCCGACAAGCUCUAUGAGAAGCGGAAGAACGCCGCGCUCGAGAUUGAGGGGAUCGUGAAGCAGCUGGCGACGGCGGGGGAGCACGACAAGAUAUCAGCAGUGAUCGCUCUGCUCACCAACGAUUUCACCAUGUCGCCCCAAGCGAACCACCGGAAGCAGGGUGGAUUGAUUGGUCUUGCGGCAGUUACUGUUGGGCUUACCAGUGAGGCUGCUCAGCAUUUGGAGCAAAUUGUGCCUCCUGUGCUUACCUCCUUCCUGGACCAAGACAGUAGAGUUCGCUACUAUGCGUGUGAAGCACUAUACAACAUAGCAAAGGUGGUAAGAGGGGAUUUCAUCAUCUACUUCAACAAGAUUUUCGAUGCAUUAUGCAAGCUUUCUGCAGACUCUGAUGCUAAUGUGCAGAGUGCUGCCCAUCUUCUUGACAGGCUUGUGAAGGAUAUAGUAACUGAGAGUGAUCAGUUCAGCAUAGAAGAAUUUAUACCACUUUUGAGGGAGCGCAUGAAUGUGUUGAAUCCUUAUGUGAGGCAAUUUUUGGUGGGGUGGAUAACAGUGUUAGACAGCGUGCCUGAUAUUGACAUGCUUGGUUUCCUUCCUGAUUUUCUUGAUGGUCUAUUUAAUAUGCUGAGUGAUUCUAGCCAUGAGAUUAGGCAGCAAGCAGAUGCAGCACUUUCCGAGUUUCUGCAGGAAAUUAAAAACUCACCAAAUGUAGAUUAUGGUCGUAUGGCUGAAAUACUUGUUCGGAGAGCUGGUUCUUCUGAUGAAUUCACUCGGUUGACGUCUAUCACAUGGAUUAACGAGUUUGUCAAGCUUGGUGGGGAACAACUUGUUCCUUACUAUGCAGAUAUUUUGGGAGCCAUCUUGCCAUGUAUUUCUGAUCAAGAGGAGAAGAUCAGAGUGGUUGCACGUGAAACUAAUGAGGAACUUCGUGCUAUAAAAGCCGAUCCAACUGAAGGAUUUGACAUUGGAGCCAUUCUCUCAAUUGCAAAGAGGGAAUUGAAUAGUGAACACGAGGCUACUCGGAUUGAGGCAUUGCACUGGUUUUCCACUCUCUUAGUUCGAUAUCGUGCCGAGUUCUUGGCAUAUCUGAAUGAUAUCUUUGAUCCACUCCUAAAUGCACUCUCUGAUCCUUCAGAUGCGGUUGUUCUAUUAGUGUUGGGAGUUCAUGCGCGCAUAGCUGAAGAGCCUCAUCACUUUCAUCAUCUUGUAUCCUACUUAAUCCACACUUUUCACAACAAUCAUGUUCUACUGGAGAAACGUGGUGCAUUGAUAGUUCGUCAACUUUGCGUUCUUUUGGGUGCUGAAAAGGUUUAUCGGAAGUUCUCUACUAUUCUUCAGAGCGAAAUUGACCUUGAAUUUGCAUCCACCAUGGUUCAGGCCUUGAAUUUGAUUUUGCUCACAUCAGCCGAACUUGCUGAGCUGCGUUCUCUUCUUAAGAAAGCAUUGGUAGAUUCUUGUGGAAAGGACUUAUUUCAAUCUUUAUAUGACGCUUGGUGCCACUCUCCGAUGGCUACAAUUAGUUUGUGCCUACUUUCCCAGGCAUACAAUCAUGCAAUUUCUGUUAUCCAGUCUUUGGGAGAAGAAGACAUAAAUGUGAAGUUUCUGGUGCAACUAGACAAAUUAAUCCGUCUUUUAGAGACUCCAGUAUUUGCUUACUUACGUUUACAGCUUCUUGAGCCUGGAAAGCACACUUGGCUCCUCAAAACACUUUAUGGGCUCCUGAUGCUACUACCUCAGCAAAGUGCAGCCUUUAAGAUCUUGAGAACUCGACUGAAGACUGUGCCUUUCAGUGAAAAUAUCAAACGCACAUCUUCAGCAAAUCCAUACUCUCAGAUUCUACAAGUGACAGAAGAUGGCAAUCGAAAUCAAGAUACUCAGAAUUACAAUGCAAUAAAUUUCCCAUCCCGGCUCCACCAGUUUGAGAGCAUGCAGCAGCAGCACAGAGUCCAUCUGAAGAAUCAACUGCAAUCCCGAAAAUCUGCUUCAGCUGUAGCAUUAUCGCAGGAAAUUCAAAGAUUCGAAGAAGCACAUUCUUCCUCAACAUCAGAGAUUAGCAGGCCCCCUUCGAGAACAUCCAGAGGCAUUUCAUAAUGCAUUUGGUUGAUUGUGAUGUAUAAUACAUUUGCAGGACGCGUCGUCACAAAUUUGUUGGGGCUUGGUUAGUCUCCUUAAUUUUUUUUUUCAAAGGAGGUUCACAGGGUACAUAGAGUGUAAUCUUUUUGUUUGGUUCCUAGAUUUUGUCAUGGGAUGGCCAUUAUUUGUUGGAGAAAGCUCGUUUCCCUCUCUUCAGCCAUUCUUUCCUCUUUUCUUUUAGCUGUUUCACUGCUCAUGUGGUUUCUGUAAUUUUUCAAUUGAAGGCCAAUGAGCAAAAUAGUAUUUGGAGAUGUCACGACUGUUCUGCUUAUCAACUCCAAUAAAUUAGUGAUGCAAUGUAAAUUUUGGUUCGUAGCUCGUACACCAUCUGUAAUUUUCUACCCAAUCAUCAAACCGUGAACGUUUACAUGCAUUUUUUUUCUUAUUUGUU